CCUCCUCACUUCCUCUCCGGGAGGGAGAGAUUGUAAAGCUACGCCCUAAUCGACCCGCGGCCGGUCCGCGUCACAGGAACUUCAGCACCCACGGGGCGGACAGCGCUCUCCUCCACCUGGAGACCCGACUCCGGAGCGCGGAGCCCUUCCGAUCCUCAACUCCGGAGCGGCGCAGUGCCCCUCGCCGGCCCCCGCCGCUCUCCCUCCCCGCACCCCCAGUCCGGGCUCUUCCUGUUUUUACUCCUUCUUUUCAUUCAUAACAAAAGCUGCAGCUCCGGGAGCCCGGCGCCAGGCUGUUUCUGAAGCCGAGCGUGGAAGAAUGGGGUUCCUUUGGACCGGCACUUGGAUCCUGGUGUUGGUGCUCCACGGCAGCCCUCUCCAAGCUUUCCCCAAACCCGGAGGCAGCCAAGACAAGUCUCUACAUAAUAGAGAAUUAAGUGCGGAAAGACCUCUGAAUGAACAGAUUGCUGAAGCAGAGGCAGACAAAAUUAAAAAAACAUACCCUCCAGAAAGCAAACCAGGUGAAAGCAAUGAUUCUUUUGUUGAUAACUUGAACCUGCUAAAGGCAAUAACAGAAAAGGAAAAGAAUGAGAAGGAAAAACAGUCCAUAAGAAGCUCCCCAUUUGAUAAUAAAUUGAAUGUGGAAGAUGUUGAUUCAACCAAGAAUCGAAGACUGGUUGAUGAUUAUGAUUCAACUAAGAGUGGAUUGGAUCAUAAAUUUCAAGAUGACCCAGAUGGCCUGCAUCAACUCGAUGGGACACCUUUAACUGCUGAAGACAUUGUCCAUAAAAUCGCCACCAGGAUUUAUGAGGAAAAUGACAGAGGAGUGUUCGACAAGAUUGUUUCUAAACUGCUGAAUCUUGGUCUCAUCACAGAAAGCCAGGCACACACCCUGGAAGAUGAAGUAGCAGAGGUUUUACAAAAAUUAAUCUCAAAGGAAGCCAACAAUUAUGAGGAGGAGCCCAAUAAACCCACAAGCAAGUCUGAGAAUCAGGCUGGAAAAAUAUCAGAGAAAGUGACCCCAAUGACAGCAAUUCAAGACGGUUUUACUAAUGGGGACAAAGAUGAAACUGUGUCUAACACCUUAACCUUGACGAAUGGCUUGGAAAGAAGAACUAAAACCUACAGCGAAGACGACUUUGAGGAACUCCAAUACUUCCCAAACUUCUACGCGCUACUGAAGAGUAUUGACUCAGAAAAAGAGGCAAAAGAGAAAGAAACACUGAUUACCAUCAUGAAAACGCUGAUUGACUUUGUGAAGAUGAUGGUGAAGUACGGUACGAUAACUCCGGAGGAAGGUGUCUCCUACCUUGAAAACUUGGAUGAAAUGAUUGCUCUUCAGACCAAGAACAAGCUAGAAAAAAAUGCUACUGACAAUAAAAGCAAACUUUCCCCAGUGCCAUUAGAGAAGAGUCACGAAGAAACAGACAGUACCAAGGAGGAAGCUGCUAAGAUGGAGAAGGAAUAUGGAAUCUUGAAGGAUUCCACGAAAGAUGAUAACUCCAACCCAGGAGGAAAGACAGAGGAACACCCAGGAAAAACAGAAGCCUAUUUGGAAGCCAUCAGAAAAAAUAUUGAAUGGUUGAAGAAACAUGACAAAAAAGGAAAUAAAGAAGAGUAUGACCUUUCAAAGAUGAGGGACUUCAUCAACCAGCAAGCUGAUGCCUACGUGGAGAAAGGCAUCCUGGAUGAAGAGGAAGCCAGAGCCAUCAAGCGCAUCUACAGCAGCCUGUGAACCUGGCCACCAACUGGGACUCUUACGAGGGUUUCUGAGAACGUAAUACAGCUUAAAACACUUCCGUCCUGUGAUUAAAGUUUUUUGACCCACGGAUCAUUAGAACGUGCUGAAUUUACAAUAGUUAACCCUUUAGAAGUGGUUAAAACAUAGCUUCCUUGCCAUAAAACUAUCUGAAAAGUAAAGUUACAUGUAAGCUAAGAUCAUGUAUGUAGAAUCGUUAUUUCCUUAUAGAC